CACCCUCUGCCUCACUUCCGAAAAUAACCGAGGCGCGCUCAGCUACUAGUGGCCAGAUAGUAGAAGUCAUAUAACAGUUAAUAUAAGCAGAAAAUAAUCGGCAUAUAGUUAGAAAAAAAGUAAUUGGCAAUUUUAUGAUAAAAAUGUUGAACUGCCUUUCUUUUCAGGCACAGCUCUCCUCGAUCAUGGGGGUGUUAUCCAAAGCGGCCGUGGCAGAGAUUAUCAAACUUGUGGAUGAGGGAUCCGCUGUGCUGCGGUUAGAGAUGCGCCAGAGUCAGACGGAGAAUGAGGAGCUGAGGAGGAAACUGCGCCUCAUGGAGACGGAGCUGAAGAUCGCCCAGCAGCGGGUGAUGGGCAGGACCAACGGCUGCUCCCUCGGCCGGUGCUCCGUCGGAGUGCAAACCGGCGACGAAACCGGAGCAUUGGAAAAGGGGAAGGAGCGCUGUCCCACCAUAGAGGGUGUCUUUGGGAAGGAGUGGUGCUUCAGCCUGUGGAGCGAUGGAGAGCCGUCAGCUGCAGAAGAUGAGGACGCUUUGCAAGCUGGUUACACGAAGAGCAAGUUUGCAGGAAUGGCAGACAAGCCUGUGAUUCCUGAAGUCGCGGAUGCUUCCGUGGAAAAAAAACAUUGGGUUACUGAAUCCAAGGGAGGCCCGAGCAUCACACAAGAGAGACAGGAUGAGUUUGGUGACAGUUCUGCAGAGGUGUCUCAUACCGAGGACGGCAUCAGUGAGGAGCUGUGUGAUGCGGGGACCUUGCUUCUGGAUCCUCCCGAGCACGAGGUCCUUGAGCCCGUCGCUGCAGUCGGUCGCGGCGAGCAGGACAUGGAGACUGUGGCCUCAGGCAUCGGCGAGGAACCCGACCUGGAUGCCGAUGUCUCCGGCGGACAUUUCCUUGGCUAUGGGAGCUUCGGCACGAACGUGAGCAUUGCCAAACCCGGCAACUCUGCCAUCGAGGGGAGGUAUUUCAUCUGCUCAAUCUGCGGGAAGAGCUUCGCCUAUCUCAGCUACCUGAAGAUACACCAGCGCCGCCACUCGGGGGAGAAGCCGUUCAGCUGCACGGUGUGCGGCAAGAGCUUUGCCCAGAAGGCGUACCUGACGCUGCAUCAGCGCACGCACACCGGCGAGAAGCCCUACAGCUGCGCAGAGUGCGGGAAGAGCUUCUCGCAGAAGAGCUCGCUGAACUCGCAUCUGCGCAGCCACACCGGCGAGAAGCCCUACAGCUGCGCAGAGUGCGGGAAGAGCUACGCAUACAAACAUGGCCUGAACGUGCACCAGUGUGUGGAUAGCAGCUGGAAACAUGUGGACUUGGUGUAAAUAACCGAAUAAAAUAUCAACGUAUUAAACAAUGUACCCCAACACUUUUGUAUGAGAAAAUAAUAUGUUAAUCUUGUAAAUACCUGUUUUGUACAACAAAUCAAAUACUGUUAAUCUUGUGAAUAUCUCAGUUUAAGUGUAAAGGUUUAUUACUGUAUGUGUGAUGUACUUUGUUAAUUACAGAGCGUGCAUUUGA